UACAACUCCGACCUGCGUAACCUCAAACUGACAGCCGGCUCGCGAACAAUUACUAUCAAGAAAAUUUUUUAUAAAUAUUAAGUUAGAACAAAUUAUUAAAAAUGGUUGUAAGAAAGUAUGAAGAUGAGUUAAAAUAUCUCGAAAAAAUUAAUGAUUACUGCUGGCGUAUAAAAAUGGGAUUUCAACCAAAUAUGAAGGUCGAAGGAGUAUUUUACGUGAACAAAACCUUAGAAAAACUAAUGUUAGAAGAGCUUCGAAAUUCCUGCCGCCCUGGAGCAGUUGGCGGAUUUCUACCCGGAGUGAAGCAAAUCGCGAACGUAGCAGCGCUACCAGGAAUAGUCGGAAGGUCAGUAGGGCUCCCAGACGUGCAUUCAGGCUACGGCUUCGCGAUAGGAAACAUGGCAGCAUUCGACAUAAACGACCCGAAGUCCAUAGUCUCCCCAGGAGGCGUAGGCUUCGACAUAAACUGCGGAGUCCGUUUGCUGAGAACGAAUCUCUGGGAAAGAGACGUGGCUCCAGUGAAGGAACAAAUAGCCCAAAGCAUGUUCGACCACAUUCCAGUGGGAGUGGGUUCCAAGGGGAUAAUUCCCAUGAAGGCAGCCGACCUGGAGGAGGCUCUGGAGAUGGGAAUGGACUGGUCGCUCCGCGAAGGGUACAGCUGGGCGGAAGACAAGGAGCACUGCGAAGAGUACGGGCGAAUGCUCAACGCAGAUCCUUCAAAGGUUUCUGAACGCGCGAAAAAACGCGGACUUCCCCAGCUUGGAACUCUCGGUGCCGGGAACCAUUACGCGGAAAUCCAAGUGGUUGAUGAAAUUUUUGACAAGUCAGCGGCCUGCAAGAUGGGGAUCGAAGAGAAAGGCCAGGUUUGUGUGAUGAUUCACUCAGGAAGCCGCGGGUUCGGCCACCAGGUGGCGACUGACGCUCUAGUAGCCAUGGAGAAGGCGAUGAAGCGUGAUAACAUUGAAACAAAUGAUAGGCAGCUGGCUUGCGCUCAUAUUAAUUCUCAGGAAGGUCAGGAUUAUUUAAAAUCAAUGGCUGCUGCGGCGAACUUCGCCUGGGUGAACCGCAGCUCCAUGACCUUCUUAAGUCGACAAGCUUUUGCUAAGCAGUUCCACAUGGCUCCCGAUGACCUGGACAUGCAGGUUAUCUACGACGUGUCUCAUAAUAUCGCCAAGGUUGAAGAACACCUAGUUGAUGGCAAGCUCAAGACUCUCCUGGUUCACAGGAAAGGUUCUACCCGCGCUUUUCCCCCUCACCAUCCUCUCAUUCCGGUGGAUUAUCAGUUAACAGGACAGCCGGUGCUUAUUGGAGGAACUAUGGGAACCUGCAGCUAUGUUCUCACUGGAACUGCACAGGGCAUGCGCGAAACUUUCGGUUCCACUUGCCACGGCGCUGGUCGCGCACUCUCUAGGGCCAAGUCGCGCAGGAAUCUUGAUUAUCAAGACGUGCUGAAUAAAAUGGAAAGCAUGGGGAUUUCUAUUAGGGUCGCUUCUCCGAAGCUGGUUAUGGAGGAAGCCCCGGAGUCUUAUAAGAAUGUUACUGAUGUUGUUGAUACUUGUCACGCUGCUGGCAUUUCGAAGAAGUGUAUCAAGUUACGGCCUAUUGCGGUUAUUAAGGGAUGAUUUGGGGUUUUCGUGAACUCUGGAGUCUUUCGUGAUCAUUCUUUUGAGCUUCGAAGUUGGUGAUGUGCACAGAAGAAUCAAAUUUCUUGUGCCAAAAAAAUUUUAAGGAAGACAGAAGUUAUUUUAGAGCAAGAAAUUUUCUUGGCUCA